GAAUGGCUGUUCAAGUUGGCAAAUCCUCUAAUUUUGCUUAAUCUCUGAAUAAAGCAUGCACGUUUGCAACAAUUGAAAUACUAUUGUAAUCUGAGCUCAGCGGUCAGCAUCAAUGUUUCCACGCAAUGUACUCCGGCUCGGAAUUGUUGGUUUGGAGAUUGCACUCUGAGAAGUCCCUAGUUCGUGUAUCUUUGAGGUGGAACCCGAAAACUUUCUACUACUCAAAGAUAACUUCCACAAACUUAUCUUUGUAUUUAAUAAGGAGCGGCCUUCCAACCCGAAUUUGCAGAACCCAUUGUUAAUCUAACCAUCCCUAUGGGACGAGAUGCCACUUUCCGAUGUCUUGUCCACCAUUUGGGAGGAUACAGGGUGGGAUGGGUGAAGGCAGACACCAAGGCAAUUCAAGCGAUCCACGACCAUGUGAUCACACACAACCCCCGAGUAUCGGUGUCUCAUAACGACCACACCACAUGGAAUCUCCACAUCAAGAACGUGCAAGAGGAGGACAGAGGACAAUACAUGUGUCAGAUUAACACUGAUCCCAUGAAAAGUCAGCUGGGCUUUCUGGACGUUGUCGUUCCUCCCGAUUUCAUUCCCGAGGAAACUUCCGGAGACGUAAUGGUACCCGAAGGUGGGACCGUAAAGUUGACUUGUCGAGCACGGGGCCAUCCAGAACCACAUGUACAAUGGCGACGGGAAGAUGGUAGCGAUAUUAUAAUAAGAGAGCCCACGGGAGCUCGCACUAAAGUUUCCUCCUAUCAAGGCGAAGUGUUACUUCUUGUGAAGAUAUCACGUUCCGAAAUGGGCGCAUAUAUGUGCAUAGCUUCAAACGGAGUUCCUCCGACCGUUAGCAAGAGGAUUAUGGUCAAUGUAAAUUUCCACCCGGUAAUACAAGUACCGAAUCAAUUGGUGGGAGCGCCAUUGGGAACUGAUGUGACAUUAGAGUGUUAUGUAGAGGCUUCCCCUAAAUCCAUCAACUACUGGGUGCGAGAUACCGGUGAGAUGGUGAUUCCAAGCCAUAAAUACGACGUUCAAUUUGUCAGCAAGUCACUAUUUGAAGUGCGAAUGACCGUAAUUGUACGGAACUUUCAAAAAGAAGACGCCGGAUCCUAUCGCUGCAUCGCUAAAAACUCACUUGGAGAAGUAGAGAGCAACAUUCGCCUCUACGAAAUUGCAGGCCCGACCCGAGUGUCCAGUCUCUCGAUGGACGAGGAAGACUAUAACGAGCAGUUCGGGUCUGCUGAGCGUGAACAGGACGAAGAAUUGUCGAACAGUGUGCUUGAACGAGGCCGGCCAAUGUCCCACACCACUCCUGGUACCCUACGGGGUACUCUGACAAACACACAUGAGAACCAGGUUCCCGUCGACCCGGCGCCGAGCUGCUCCUCCAAGCUGGUCCCCAUGUUGUCGUCGCUUCUGCUGCUCCUCCUUAGGAUAUGACGACCCGCUGUUCCCGACGCAUUUAUGUAGUGACAAUAAUGUUUCAUUCCUUUGUUCCCAAUUAUUGACUGUUUUUAUUUCAAAACCCAGUUUCAUGUGUGGUUUUGAUUGUAUAGUCUACUUCAUGUAUGGUAAACUAAACGUAGCUGGGCCACCACCGUGGCACCGGGAGACCAUACAGUAUGUUGCCUUAUAAUAUAUGUCAAAUAACUUAGAUUCGUAAGACAUUUUAGGCAGUCAAGUUUUACGAAAAUAUCAUAUAAAUAUGUUAAACCAGUUGUUUGCUGAAAUGUACUAAUUAUUAUAUGUUAUUCUGGGAUUUAAG